UUCGGCGUCUCGGAGCCUCCUCUGGAAGAAUUCCUCUUGGUGGUUCCUCCGAGGUGGUAGUCGCGUCGGCCGCCUCCUCGUGUGUGGUGCGUGCGUGCCGCUCCGUGUGUGGUAACCCCGCAGUUGUACGACGCCCGCGACGCGUUCCACACGGUGUCCCGACGCCGCGGCAUGUAAAAGUGCGCCCCAUUUUUCCACCCCACCAAGUUUUCAUUCAGAAAAAGUGUUGACAUUACGUCAUGUGUUGCUUAGCAACCGACGGAUGCGUGUCACGCGGCGCCUUUUUUUGACCAUGGGGGCCCCUCUGGAGACUUGAUGUUCGGCGAGUGGAAUCCCACGAUGCACUUGACGGCCAACUCGCAGACGGCGACGGGGACGGCGGCCUCGCCGGAAGGCUCCAGCGUCAUCAACGACACCUACACUAAGAUGACGUCGGACAUCCUCGCCGAGCGGACCCUCAACGACUUCCUCUCAGAGCACCCGGGGGAGCUGAUCCGCACCGGCAGUCCUCUGUUUGUGUGCACGGUGCUCCCGCCCCAUUGGAGGUCCAACAAGACGCUGCCGGUGGCGUUCAAAGUGGUGGCUCUUGGGGACGUUGGCGACGGCACUGUCGUCACCGUCAGGGCGGGCAACGACGAGAACUAUUGUGCCGAAUUGAGGAACUCCACGGCGGUUAUGAAGAACCAAGUGGCCAAGUUUAACGAUCUCAGGUUCGUCGGAAGGAGCGGAAGAGGAAAGAGUUUCACGCUGACCAUCAUGGUUUCAACCAGUCCGCCACAAGUCGCCACCUACAAUAAGGCGAUCAAGGUGACGGUGGAUGGGCCCAGGGAACCGAGAUCGAAGACAAUGCUUUCUCUUUUAGGGCAACAGCAGCAAUUUCAUUUCGCUUUCGGGCAACGGCCCUUUCCUUUCGCCGCAUCGGACCCUUUGUCGGGCUUCAGGAUGCCGCCGAUAGGAAAUUGCAACAAUAUGCCCCAAUUCGGAUUGAGUAGCACUAACUCGCAUUGGGGGUAUGGGGCUGCAGGGGCGUAUUCGCCUUAUUUUACCCCAAGUACGUUGGGGUCGUGUGCGGCGCCGACGGCGUCACAGUUUAAUACUCCGGCUUUGGGGUUUUCGGGGAGUACCCCGGAUCAAUCGUCCACGCAAGACGCUUUCGGUUCAACGUCCAACGUCACCUCAUUACUCCCUGACACCUCGACGACAGACCUGGACCAGCACCUAGGCCUUGUCUCGUCGCAAAACCACACGAACCACUCCCAAAGCAGUACUCACACUUCGUCCCUCCUAGUUCCACGAUAUUCCACCAACCACUCCGACUUCGGCCUUUCUGGCCCUCGCUCUCUUUCGGACAACUCCAGCGCCGCGGAGAGCCCCGUCCAAGACGACAUCCUCUCCAGUCAAAGCACCCUCGGCGUCAACCACGUCAACAACACCAACUUUCCCCUUCACCAGAACAUGACAUCGUCGUCGUAUCCUAGCAGCAACUGCAACAACUCGAUCUAUCCCGUCCUUCCUGCGAGUCUCCUCUACUCGCAGUUGUACUCAGCGGCCAACCAGAGCCACAACUUCCAUUCGCUGCAUUCGCAUACGACGCAAAGUCAUCAUAAUGACCUGCAGACGGUCAUGGAUCAGCUGUCCACCACCAACCAGAGGCAGAUGAACGGCUCCACGGAUUUACUCUUGAGUAAUAAUGGGACUUGUGCGGCGGCGGCGGCGAGGCAGGAAGACGCCAGGUUGACGAGUAAUGGGGGGCAGAGGGGGCCGGGACAGAACAGUGACGCGGUGGUGUGGAGGCCGUAUUGAGUGACGGAAGAAACAAUGUGAUUUUUGUGCAAUAUUGUUGACUAGUUUUGAGAGGAUUGUUGAGACCUUGAGGGGUGUGUUUCCGCCAAGUUUCAAACUUUUCGCAUUAGAACAUCAAAGGAGAACUUAUUAGUUUUAGGUAAUAUUCAAUGUUCAUUUUUUACUUUGUUACGCUCGCUAUAAUGUAAUUAAAGUAAUAAAAUUGGUUUUAGUUGUGUAUAUGGGCAAAAAACAAAUUAUAACAUUAACUGACUUGACAAAUGAAUUAAAUUAGAUAUUUAUAGUCCAAAAAUGUAAGCAGAUGAAUGCUCCACUGAUUUUAAAUUUAGUCGACCAAACUUGAAAGAGCAAAAAUUAUACUAACAAAAUGUUUUCGUGAUUUCUAGGAAGAUUUCAAUUAACAAACUCAGCUACACUGAAUUAUAUCAUGGUUACAUUUAGUUCUACGACAAAGUACUUUCUUUAAACUAAGUAAAAACACCCAAUUUAAUGUAACUUGAAUAAAAAUAUAACUACGUAAGGGCGGGUUCAACUUAUAUUUUAACGACUAUAAUUGGUCUACGCAGGUCACACUUUAGAACUUUAGUUUGCUAAAAAUGUUAGAUAAAGGGUUAUCAAGGCGAUCAAAAAUAAAAUGGAAUUACUGGUGUUAUGACAAGUAUUUACUUUUUUUUUUGAUAACUAUGAUUAUUAUAAUUACAAAGUACUAAGCUUUGCUAAACAAUAAUAAUGAAUUAUUAAGCGUUUUUCUAUUAAUUUGAAGAUAAAUUGCUGUAUCUCUGGAAUUUUCUACAGCUAUUCUGACACUUUACUUAUUCCUCUUUAUGAAAUAGUGGAACUUCUUGCUUGUUUUGUCAGGAGGGUCCAAUUGGAACACAAAUUGUUUUUUUGCACAGAAACUAAAUGUUUGACUUGUUUUAUCUUAAAAAAGUAGUUGCGACGGUACCAGUGAGGUAAAAGUCGGAAUCGUCUUUAGCAUAAAUUAAUAAAAUAAAAAAUAUCUAAUAUACAUGGAAUUAAAGAAAAGAAAAUUAGGUACCUGAAAUUUAAAAAAAUAAGAAUUUAAAAAUUUUGGUAAGAAUUAUUUAAAUUUCGAUAAUUUGGAAUGCACUCAAGAUAUUACUUAUGAUUGUUUCUAAAGUUAUUUUCAGACUGCUUCUAAAAAUAAAAAGAAUAGACAUUAAUUUAUAAGUAAUUUCUAUUUUUACUUUUUACCACAUUAUUGUUAAUGUGGUAAUUGAUAACUUCAUUAUAUAUUUUGUCUUUAGUUUGAAUAUUUUAUUUACAUGCUUCAUAUUUUUAUGUCUACUUUAAUUAAAAAAAAAAACAAAAACAAAUUGGAAAAUAUUUUUUACACAUUCCUGGCAUCUUAUCUUACUUGGCAUUUUACUCUAAGGCGCUAGUUCGGAAAUACCCUGUAUUUAAAUAAAAGUUAACAAUUUUUUUUAACACUAAUAUCUUAUACUGUUUCUAUGCUGCAUUUAAGCUUACCUCUUAUGUUGCCGUCAAUAUACGCUUUUCUAUAAAAUACGUCGUCAAUCACAACGUAUUAUAGUACCGUGCAUUCAAAAAAAAAAAAUUAGAGCAGGCGGUGAUUAAAGUCCUUCAGAUGGCAAUCCUGAUUUUUGACAUCAAAUGUCAGCGAAAACUUUGACAAGUUUGCGUUUUAUUCAUUUUGAGUAAAAUAAUGUUCACUUUGGAGCACCAAAUUAUUAUUGUUGCAAAGAUGCUGUACAAAACGAAACGAUGAAUGGACAUUAGACAUCACUCUCAGUUUGUGUGGAAAAUUUACAGCCCAGAUUCCCAGCCAACGUGUUGCCAACUGUAGAGUAUUAAUCGUGGUCUCCUCUAAUUUAUUUUUUUUUGGUCACACGGUAUAUUAUUUUCAUUAUGUAUAUUAUACAUGAAGGGAGAGAAAUUCACGAUAAUUUCUGAGGUGCCAUUUACACCAAAGGAAUAAUAGCAAUUUUCUUCUAUUUUUUGUACGACUUGGUUGAAAAACUCAAAAAAUUGGCUGUAAUUCUUUAACAAAAUUACCAUAAAGCUAUAGAGCGUUUUAAAAUGAUUGACAUCUCGGUAGAUCAUGGAAACUCGCUCUCGUCGUUAUGCUAAUUUCUCUCUCUCUCUCGGGAGAGAACGAUUUCUGAGUUUAUUAGUGCUGGAAAAUAUUUUGAAAACAACACAAGUUUUAUAGCUUAAAAAUCUGAGCCUAGUUUAAACUACGACCUGUAAACUGUCUAUAAAAUUAUUGUUAUCUUAAUAGCUAUAUUUGCUCUAUCAAUUUAUCAAAUUUUAAUCUCUACGUAAAAUCCACAGAAAUAAAAAUACGAGUUUAUUAUUUUACUACAAAAGUAACCCACUAUUCUGACUUAAUUCUAAUCUAAAAGACAUUCUUUGCCUGUAGGGUACGUAUACUAUGUUUAUAAAAUCAAUUUAAUGUUUUUUUGUAAGCAGAAAUUUUAUGUUGGAUAAAGUUAUUAAUUUGUGUGUGUUGACAUUGGGUAAAUUGAGAGUUUGAGCGGUAACAUACGAACCUCGUGUUUCAUUAACGAUGUGCAAUCGAUUUGUAUAAGUCUAGGUUAAGACCCUGUUGUAUAUCUAACAAUGUAUAAGUUAGAACAUGUCAUGUACAGAGAAAGCCACAUGUUUGCGCGAGUGACGGGCAUUAUGUGGCCAUUAUAGCUUUAAGCUUGUAAAACUAUCGUGUAAAAUAUGCUUGGAUUAGCCCUCCUGUAUAAAAGCCAUUGAGUUAUAAUUAAAGAAAUUCAUUAAUUACGAUACCUGUUAUGUAAGUUUUUCUGUUGGAAAAAUGUA